AUGUUUGGUGAUGGUACCCAAUACAAGCUGGAAAAUACCGUCAAGAGAGCAGUCACCCAUUACACUAAUUUGAUCUAUGCUAAUUACCACAAGCUUAACUUCACAAUCGCUAAUUCUAUCUCCCAAGGAGCCACUGUCGAUUGCUUUGCAAUAACGCAAUCUGGUUAUACUUCAACUUUAAUCAAAUACGUCGAACCUGUACAAAGAACUUCUUCUACAACAACAACAACAACAACAACAACAACAACAACAACAACUUCAAUCGAGAAGAAGAGAAAUAAGAAGAAGAACGACAUUGCAAUAGUUAGACAAGGAGAAGGUAAAGAUUCAGAAGAUACAAAUCAAAACAAGAGAACUCAGGCUCAAGCAGCUACCUCAAACGGUCAAGGAACUGGAGUUGCAAUCAUCUCUCACUCCAAACAUAUCAAUCUAUACCCUCUUUCAUCGAUCCUAAUGGAAGAUUCAUUCUGUGUACUAUAA